CCAAGGAAAACCCCGCGAUCGAGUGCCGCACAAGCCCAACCUCCCGUCGCAAUUAACUAACACGAUCGAAAAUAAACCACUGACAACAAACCGGCGAAAAUCAACCAGCGAAAAAAAAACGCCCGACUGUGCGUCCUCGAGCGAGGUCUCGUGUUCCUCGUGCGAGGGACAGUCUCCCGAAUCUGCCCUCCUUCGCCCGCCGCCGCCCUUCGAUCCUUCACCGCCACCGCUCCAUCCCUGCACGGUGCGUAACUCGCACUUCAAAUCCGCCAGACUCCACUGAUCCGGCGCUCGUCCCGUUCAGGACCCUCCGCUGAGCGCUUCCAGGAUCCGGAGCCGAUCCCUUUCAGGACCCGUCGCCGGAGACGUCCAGGACGUGGCGCCGGCUAUCCCUUUCACGAGCCCCCGCCGAAGACGUCUAGGAUCCGCCGCCAGACACACUCACUCCAGUUUCUUCCAGGCCUCAAGAACACCACAGACAGACACAAGUUGGAGGUAAUGGUCAUUACAUUUGCGAAUGGGUAAUGCAAAAAGCAAAGACGGUGAACAUCAACUAGAAGAGGUCGUAGCUACAGGUCAGACGAGCGGUAAAAAUGUUGAAGAAUACAGUGCAACCUUGAUACCCGUUGAUGAACAAGAUGAAGCUAAUUACGCGACGGAACCCGCCCCUACGAGCGAGACAAAUCUGAUAGAAUCUAAUUCAAGCAUCGUAACUGUAGCUGCAAAUGUUGACCUAAUUUACACGACGGAAAUAGAUGGAUCAGAAUGGGUAAGGCCUGGAUACCAUGCUGAUGGUCAAACGGCUCCGGCUAAUCUAACACUCGAUCAUGCUAUUCGUCUGACGGAGCUAUGAGAUGACACUGAAGACAACACAGCUUCCGAACAGCUUGAAACUGGAGCUCUAAUUAAUGAAUGUAAAAAAUACGCUGAGGAAGCAAGGGAGCAGUACAAUGCACGGAGGCGUGCAACUUAUCGGAAGAAAAAAAAUGAGAAUAUUGUCAGCUUACAAGAGGAGAAUCAGCCUGUACUUGCAAAAUCUGGUGAAUUGAUUAACGUGAGGUUGCUGGCUGCUCUUAGUUUGAUAUGCAGUCGUUGUAUUAACCUAUAUCCCUGAUUAGAGAUAAUAUGAUGCUCAUACUAUGUUGCUCAUUAGAUCAUGGGGAUCUUAUCAACGCUCGUAGGCGAGCGGCUUAUCGAACUAACAAGACAGAUGGUUUGGAUAACCAACAAGUCAAUGGGCAGUCAGCCCGUUGCCAAUCUCUAUGUGAUAUCACAAAUGUUCUCGAAGAUAGGGAGAUAAAUAA